CUCGUGAAACUCAUGAUUAUGAAAAAACAACUUCGGUGAAAUUUAGGGACUUCCCCUUUAAAAUGUCUAUUUUUUAUGGAAAUAUGAGAGCCUCUAAUUGAAAUUUGAUUUUUGAAAACUAUAAAGUAACUCAUACCAUUUAUAUAAACUGGAUUAAAUUAAGUGGUUUCUUUUCCAUAAAAUAUUUUAUUUUUAUGCCAUCAUUAAAUCAGUUGAUCCUGAAAGGACAAUUGUUGCAAAAUUAGGAAAUUUUCAUAAUUUUAUUGUACAAGAAUGGUCACUCUUGCAAUUAAAGAUUUGUUUACACUCGUUAUUAUUGUUUUAUUAUUGUUCUCACUGAGGCAUCAGGAUGCCUCGCCAAUCUGAAAAAAUAAAUAUUAUCGACCAGAAAACCUACGAGAACAUCCUGAAUAAGGAAAAUGUUACAUCAAGCAAAAGGACUCCAACCAGCUCAAAGUACAGGAAAAAACACAAGAAUAUGGAGCGGCCCACACUGCUGGAUUUUGUGAUCCAACCUCGUCAGCCGCAAAGACAAAUUAAGGCCACGAAACUCCGAGGACCACAUUUAACUAUUGCCAAAAGAAGCUUCAUUCUAACUAAGCCCCAACGCAAGGGAAAGACGCGUCUCAAUCCAAAAAAAAAGGUUACCAAGUUGAAGAAGUCGAUUCGGAAUUAUCGUACCUUAAAAAAGGAAAAGAAAGCUGAGGAAACCCAGGAAAUGCCGUCAGAGGAUUUGGCUCCAGCGACUCAAAACUCUAAACAAGACUUCAAAGAGCUGGUGGAGAAUCAAUUACAAAACCUUUCUCUUAAAGAAUUUAUUGAUAAAGGAACUUUAGAUAUUACUCCGCAAAUCAAAACUAUCCAUUCCAUACAUUCCCGGCGCUUCAGAAGCUAUUGUGACAACUGUACUCGACCCCGACUUAAGGAUCUGACUAUCCAGUUGCUAAAAGAAUUGGACCGUUUCCAAAAACGCGCCUUUGUCAAAAAUGAAAUUAAGGCGCGAGCCCAUCCUAGGCUGGUUCUGGGUUUUAAUGAAGCUCUUGCAAACCUAAGGAUAAAAAAAGUAAAGUUGUUACUUCUGGCAACUGAUUGCGAAAAGUGUCCUGGAGAAAAUGGCAUAGACGAGUUAAUAGAGGGUCUUAAAUUCCAAUGCCAGCAGCACAACGUCCCCUACUGUUUUUCCUUGGUGAGACGGGAAUUCGCCUAUGCUCUACAAAAGAGGGCCCAUAUUGCCUGUGUGGCUGUGUUAGAUUAUGAUGGAGCCAAUGCUGUCUUCGCAGAUGUUCUUCAUGAAUUGGAGGAUGCUCGUAAAGAAUACAAACGACUUACUGCUUUGUGAUGACUUUAUUAAGUGGCAGAUACGAGAUAAAUGUGCAGGUGGUGCUAUGAAAGAAAAACAAAAACUGUUAAAAGGCUUUAUGCCUAUCCAGUUGUUGGUGUGAGCAUGGUGGUGGAGACUAGAUCGUGCAGCGUUGAGCUACCAUUGUCCAUUUCAGUGACUGAGCCCACCAAACCAGCGGUGUCGUUCAGCGAGCUGAACGUCUGGAUGGCCUCCUUAGCCUGCUGCGCUGCCAAAUUAAACUGAAUCAGGAUAAUUAGGUAGCUAGUGAUACCGCCACUAACACCAUAUAGGGUCUCCAUAUCCAGGGUAAAAAAGCCACAAGCUGAGAAGUCCACCGAAUGAUUUAGCAACUUCAGCGAAAGAUGAUUUACAAUUUCAUAAAGAAGAUUAUCAUCAGCAACUACGCCGCAUUUAUGCAAGGUGAUGCCAGUUCGUUUUGAGGCCAACGAGGUUUUCCAGCUUAAAUAUAUGAGGUAAACACACUUUCCGGAUGUAUAACUCAAGACGAUAACAGUAAUUAAAGGAUUCUUUGCCGAU